GCUUUGUUAUGGUUGUGGGCUCGCUGCCUCGGCCGGCUCUGGACGCGGGGGACGCUCGCCGGGACGCGGCCUCCGGAGCCCAGCUGUAGCCCCGCCGCCGCCGCCGCCGCCGCGCGAGAUUGAUUCCUGUGGCCUUUUAAGUGAUUGAAUAAUGAUGGAAAUGGAUCCAAAAUAAUAAGUGAUUUCUCUACUGAAGACAUAGAAGAAUUUUUAUAUGACCUUGCAGUAUUUGAUUCAGUCUUCUGGAAGGAACAGUGGAACCAAGUGACAUACAGAAAACAGAAGAGAAGAAAACCUCACUUUUGGAACUUUAUCCUUGUCCCUUAAGAUUUUUUCCUCCCCAUUCCCACUCCUUUCUACUUGUUUUAAAUUUGCUCUGAGUUUAUAGUGAAGACCAAAGACAUAGAAGAUACAUUUGAAGCUUUAUAGCAGGAAAUUUACCUUGAAAGCUGCUAUUCUGUGGAGGAGAAAGUAUAAGAAGUUCCUGACUUUUUUGUUAUUAUUAAGAUUUCUCAUAUCCUUAGAUUUUGAAGGAUAAGACAAUUAUUUUUUUUAAAAAAACACAUCCAUGUACUUUUUAGCAGCUGUGCAUGAAUUAUGAGAUCAGUAAAUUAAGGGCCUUUCAUGUCAGUGUUUUGCCUCUGGAGCUGACUUCUCAGAAGAUCUUUUAUAACUCUUUAAGAUUUUUAUCUUUUACUUUGAUGACAUUAUUGGCCCACAUGAGACUAUCUCUUUUUCCAGUUAUGAUCUUGUUAUGAAAAGCGUUUGCGCUCACUGUGCAAAUGUCCAUGUAUUAUCUAUUUAAUAAUAGAAGUGUCACUCAAGACAAUUGAAUGAGGUGAACAUAGACUUAGCUUUUUCCCCUUUCCCCCAUUUUUUAAAUGUAACAAAUACUUUUUAUGUCCCCCUUCCCCCUUCCCCUUUCCCUUUUCCCCUUGGAGACGUGUCAGAAACUAGAUAGUAGUUUAAGAUGAGCUAUCGAGGGAACUGAGUGAGCGACGCGGAACCCAGCUUCUUUGUGCUUCAUCACAAGGCUUUGGACAAGGCUUGCUGCUGGCCAGCCUAAUCAAGCACCCUUUUACCAAGAAAACCUCGUGGGAAUUCCAGCGUACAGUCAAGGCGUCAGGAAACAGGACCGCAGAGGUUGCACUCUGGGAUCCUGGCCAUGAGGUUGGAUGCCUCACCUUGCUGAAAAGAGACACUGGACCUAAAUGGCGCAGCAUGACUUUGUUCCUGCUUGGCUAAAUUUCUCCACACCACAGUCAGCUAAGUCAUCUACGGCCACCUUUGAAAAACACGGAGAGCACCUACCACGAGGAGAUGGUAGAUAUGGAGUAAGCCGUCGUAGACAUAAUUCCUCUGAUGGCUUUUUCAACAAUGGACCUCUGCGAACUACAGGAGAUUCCUGGCACCAGCCCUCCCUGUUUCGUCAUGAUUCUGUGGACUCUGGUGUUUCUAAGGGAGCAUAUGCUGGAAUCACAGGGACCCCGUCUGGUUGGCAUGGCUCUUCACGAGGUCACGAUGGCAUGAACCAGCGUAGUACAAGUGGCACAGGGAACCAUCGCCACUGGAAUGGCAGCUUCUACUCUCGGAAAGGCUGUGCCUUUCAGGAAAAGCCUCCCACAGAGAUUAGGGAAGAAAAGAAAGAAGACAAAAUGGAAAAGUUGCAGUUUGAAGAAGAAGACUUUCCUUCUUUGAAUCCAGAAGCUGGCAAACAGAAUCAGCCAUGCAGACCUAUUGGGACCCCUUCUGGAGUGUGGGAAAACCCACCUUGUGCCAAGCAAUCCUCCAAGAUGCUAGUCAUCAAAAAAGUUUCCAAAGAAGAUCCUACUGCUGCCUUCUCUGCUGCAUUCACCUCACCAGGAUCUCACCAUGCAAAUGGAAACAAGUCAUCAACUAUGGUUCCAAGUGUGUAUAAGAACCUGGUUCCUAAGCCUGCACCACCCCCUUCUAAGCCCAGUGCGUGGAAAGCUAACAGAAUGGAACACAAGUCAGGAUCCCUUUCCUCCGGUCGGGAAUCUGCAUUUACCAGUCCAGUCUCUGUUACCAAACCAGUAGUACUGGCUAGUGGCUCAAUUCUGAGCUCUCCCAAAGAGAGUCCAUCCAGCACCACUCCUCCCAUUGAGAUUAGCUCCUCUCGCCUGACCAAGUUGACCCGCCGAACUUCUGACAGGAAAAGUGAGUUCCUGAAGACUCUGAAGGAUGACCGGAAUGGAGACUUCUCAGAGAACAGAGACUGUGACAAGCUGGAGGACAGCAGCACACUUGAACCAAAGGAAAACGGAGAGGAAGGCUGUCAUCAGAAUGGUCUUGCUCACCCUGUGGAAGAAGAAAGGGAGGUCCUCUCACACUCUCUGGAAGCAGAACAUCGGUUGCUGAAAGCAAUGGGUUGGCAAGAAUAUCCUGAAAAUGAUGAGAAUUGCCUUCCUCUCACAGAGGAUGAACUCAAAGAGUUCCACAUGAAGACAGAGCAGCUGAGAAGAAAUGGCUUUGGAAAGAAUGGCUUCUUGCAGAGCCGCAGUUCCAGCCUCUUCUCCCCUUGGAGAAGCCCUUGUAAAGCAGAGUUUGAGGACUCAGACGCAGAAACCAGUAGCAGUGAAACAUCAGACGAUGAUGCCUGGAAGUAGGGCAUGCAAAUGCUGGGAGUUCAGUCCGGUCCAGGAAACUCAGCUUACGUGUUUGGAGAGUGUACAAAGGAAAUCAUUCUUUGCCUUUGCCUUUUCCUAGGUUCUUUGUUUAUAUUUCAUGCACAAGGGAAGUAAUCAUAUCCCAAAGAGCAAUUGUCUCGUUCAGCUUUUGUUCUUUUUCCCUGUUUUCUGCUUGAUAGAAGUUUGUGGUGGGAAAGAUUUUUAAAUGCACACACUUACACAGUAUAGAUGGGGCAGUGCACAGGUGGGAGCUGCCAUGCAGAGGGUCCUGGUCUGCAGCAGCUUCCACUACCAGCCCUUGGGGCACACACCCCUGUGCUCAAGCAAUCAUUGUCAAUGACAAAGUGACUAUUGAAGUUAUAAUUGUAUUAAAUUAAUGCUAAUAAUUUGGAUAUUUUAUUUUUGGCUGCUCGGGUAACAUUAGCCCUUAACCAGGCAUACGUGGUUUUAUUUUCCCUUUUUGGGUACAGCUGUAAAAUAUUUGGAUAUAAGAAAUGUUGUUAUUCUUGCAGCCUUGAUAUUCAGGGUGGAUUGUAAAAUAUAAAUUUUUGUGAAAUUUCAAAGAUUAAGAUUAUUUUGAUAACAUUAUUUACAGAUUUAAAAGAAGUGGUUAUCACAGGCCUGUUGAGGGGGGGAAACUACUGCAUAAAAUAACUAACUUGGAAUAAAUAUUUUGCAUCAGUUUUGGA